UGUGUGUGUGUGUGUGUGUGUGUGUGUGUGUGUAUAUAGCAGCGAAAGAGGCGCUGAAACGAGAGGAGGAGUUGCAGCAAGGUCGCUAGAGCAUCACGCGCAAACUAGCUAGCUAUCAUCGCCACCAGCCACAAAUCUAACGGACCUCAUCUCCCAUCUCAGCACACACACCACCACCACCGGCUCAGGUCUCUCUUUAAUCACACUGGAGCUUCACUAAUCACGAGCUGAUCCGGAGCUGAACGCUGAUGUCUCGCGCUAAGACUCGUGUGCUCGGUAAUUUGCAUCCGCGUGCGUGAAGUCGCAGACGCCCUGACUGAAUCCGGAUCCGUGAGCGGAAACUAGACGAGUCUUUCCGUUCAGUCUGAGCUUACCCGUGUGCGGGAACAGCGUGGACAGCUAACUCUGCCUCCUGGGGAGAAGAGCGUGGCAUCACCGCAUUUUGCCGGGCCCAUCAGUCGGAGCAGCUCACGCGUUCCCGGUUGGCCAUGUCUGCGCUUUCCAGCCCAUCUCCAGUCCAAGCCCCGAAGCAGGACACCGACUUCCUGGGCUUGAACGGCGGUAAAGGACCGUCCGGUCCGACUCCGAGUCAGAGUCGCUUUCAGGUGGAUCUGGUGGCCGAGGCGGCGAGCAGCGAUCACACCACCGCUUCGUCGCCGCAUGUGGAGGAUGAGAACGCCGGCAGGGAGCGCGGUGAUGAGGCAGCGAGCGGAGAGGAGGCGAAGGGCCGCUUCCGCGUGGUGAACUUCGCGGACGCGAGCGGGGCUCCGAGUCCAGACGCGGCGCCCGGAGACGGCGUGCAGAACGGCGACACGGCGCUGAGCGAAGGCAGCGUGCACUCCUCCACCGGCGGCCAGCAGCACUACCACUACGACACGCACACCAACACCUACUACCUGCGCACAUUCGGCCACAACACCAUCGACGCCGUGCCCAAGAUCGACUUCUACAGACAGACUGCUGCACCACUGGGCGAGAAGCUGAUCAGACCCACCCUCUCUGAGCUGCACGAUGAGCUGGAUAAGGAGCCGUUUGAGGAUGGAUUUGCCAACGGCGAUGAGCUGACUCCUGCUGAAGAGGCUGCAGCCAAAGAGGCAGCCGAGCCCAAGGGGGUUGUGAAGUUUGGAUGGGUCAAAGGAGUGCUGGUCCGCUGCAUGUUGAACAUUUGGGGUGUGAUGCUCUUCAUCCGCAUGACAUGGAUCGUGGGCCAGGCUGGAAUUGUGUGCGCCUGCAUCAUCAUCACCAUGGCGACCAUCGUGACCUCCAUCACGGGCUGCUCCACCUCAGCCAUAGCGACCAAUGGUUUUGUGCGAGGAGGAGGGGCAUAUUAUUUGAUAUCUCGAAGUUUAGGCCCUGAGUUUGGUGGCUCUAUUGGCCUCAUCUUCGCUUUUGCCAACGCUGUGGCAGUGGCUAUGUACGUCGUGGGCUUUGCCGAGACUGUCGUGGAGCUUCUGCAUGCUGCUAAUCUCAUCAUGCUCGAUCAGAUUAAUGACAUCCGAAUUGUAGGAAUCAUCACUGUCAUUAUCCUCCUGGGGAUCUCUGUGGCAGGCAUGGAGUGGGAGGCCAAGGCUCAGAUCUUCCUGCUGGUCAUCUUAAUCAUUGCCAUCUUCAACUACUUUAUCGGCACAUUCAUCCCCAUUGAAUCAAAGAAAGAGCAAGGAUUCUUCAGCUAUGAUUCUGGCAUCCUGCUGGAAAAUUUAUUACCGGACUUCCGAGGAGAAACCUUCUUCUCUGUCUUCGCCAUCUUCUUUCCUGCAGCUACUGGCAUUCUGGCUGGUGCCAACAUCUCAGGAGAUCUUGCAGAUCCACAAAUGGCAAUCCCAAGGGGAACCCUUUUAGCCAUUGUUAUCACAGGCAUCGUCUACGUAGGUGUUGCUAUAAGUGCAGGAGCCUGCAUUGUGAGGGAUGCCACAGGUUUCAAGAUGAACGACACUUCAGGGCAAAACUGUACUGGUCCUGAAUGCAGGUUUGGUUUUGACUUCUCCUCCUGCAAGCCUGUUAACACAACUGAGUCCACUUGUAAGUAUGGACUCCACAAUAACUUUCAGAUUAUGAGUGUGGUGUCAGGUUUCGGCCCCCUCAUCACAGCCGGGAUUUUCUCUGCAACCCUCUCCUCGGCCUUGGCCUCUCUGGUCAGCGCCCCCAAAGUGUUCCAGGCUUUAUGCAAAGACAACAUUUACCCUGGCAUAGCUGGUUUUGGGAAAGGCUACGGCAAGAACAAUGAACCCCUGCGUGGCUACUUCCUCACGUUUGGCAUCGCCCUGGCCUUCAUCCUUAUUGCUGAGCUGAACGUCAUCGCACCAAUCAUUUCUAACUUCUUCCUGGCCUCCUACGCCCUGAUCAAUUUCUCAGUGUUCCACGCCUCUUUGGCAAACUCUCCCGGAUGGAGGCCCAGCUUUAAGUACUACAACAUGUGGGUGUCUCUGGCUGGAGCUGUGCUGUGCUGUGUAGUUAUGUUCGUCAUCAACUGGUGGGCUGCACUCCUGACCAACGUUAUCGUCUUAUCCCUCUACAUCUACGUCAACUACAAGAAGCCAGAUGUGAACUGGGGCUCUUCCACCCAGGCGCUGACCUACCACCAGGCCCUCACACACAGCCUGCAGCUCUGUGGCGUCGCCGACCACGUGAAAACUUUCAGGCCACAGUGUUUGGUGAUGACCGGUGCCCCCAACUCUCGGCCUGCUCUGCUCCAUCUGGUCCAUGCCUUCACCAAGAAUGUUGGCCUGAUGGUGUGUGGCCAUGUGCGAACUAGCUCUCGGAGGCCCAACUUGAAGGAGCUGAACAAUGACAUGCUGCGCUACCAGCGCUGGCUUCUCAACAACUCCAAAGCUUUUUACACCCCUGUCAUCGCAGAGGACCUCCGUGUGGGCACCCAGUACCUUCUGCAGGCUGCUGGACUUGGGAGACUGAGACCCAACACACUGGUGCUCGGCUUCAAGAAUGACUGGAAGAACGUAGAUAUGAAAGAUACAGAGACCUACGUCAAUAUGAUACAUGAUGCUUUUGACUUCCAGUACGGUGUCGUCAUUCUCAGACUGAGAGAAGGGCUUGAUAUCUCCCACAUUCAAGGCCAAGACGAUACCUCAGGCAUGAAGGAUGUAGUGGUGUCUAUCGACAUGAGCAAAGACUCAGACGGCGACUCGUCCAAGCUCUCAUCCAAGACCACAAGCGUUCAGAACAGUCCAGCUGUCCAGAAAGAAGAUGAUGAGGAUGGCAAAGCUCCUACACAGCCCCUGUUGAAAAAAGAUAAAGCAAGUCCAACUGCGCCCCUGAAUGUGGCUGAUCAGAAGCUGCUGGAGGCCAGUCAGCAGUUUCAGAAGAAGCAGGGAAAAGGAACAGUGGAUGUCUGGUGGCUGUUCGACGAUGGUGGUCUGACGCUGCUCAUUCCAUACUUGCUCACCAACAAGAAGAAGUGGAAGGAUUGUAAGAUACGUGUGUUUAUCGGGGGCAAGAUCAACAGGAUCGACCAUGAUCGCAGAUCGAUGGCCACGCUGCUCAGCAAGUUCAGGAUAGAUUUCUCUGAUAUCACAGUCCUUGGAGACAUCAACACAAAACCCAAGACUGAGAGAGUGGAAGAAUUUUCCCAGAUGAUUGAGCCCUAUAAGCUAAGAGAAGACGACAUGGAGCAGGAGGCAGCGGAGAAGCUGAAGGCCGAUGAGCCCUGGAGAAUCACAGAUAAUGAGCUGGAGCUUUACAAGGCUAAGAGUAAUCGUCAAGUCAGACUGAAUGAGCUGCUGAAGGAGCACUCAAGCACAGCCAACCUCAUUGUCAUGAGUAUGCCCUUGGCCAGAAAAGGGGCGGUGUCCAGUGCCCUGUACAUGUCCUGGUUGGACACUCUGUCCAAGGAUCUCCCUCCUAUUCUCUUGGUGCGUGGCAACCACCAGAGCGUCCUCACGUUCUACUCUUAAACGAUUUGAUUAUCACUGAUCCUGUAAAGCACACCUUGAUGAUAUGCCGACACUUAACACAAAUGUGCACGCACCAACACGAUAAAGGUAGAUUGCCUGGGACUGUCAGGUAAUGAGUGUGAUGGACAAGUGGACAAUACAGAGACUGAGAGCAUCUUCUUUGGCAAGGUCUUCAUUUUUGUAGCUCAGUGAUGUCUGCCACUGAGAAAUUAUGUGGAGACUGAAAAUGAGAAUUUCAGAAAUGCUUCAUCCAGGCAUCGGAAAACAAGAUGAGAACCUGUUCAAUUAUUUAAGGUCACAGUUUCUUUGGCUCACAGGCAUCUGAGCAUGAAGUACAUAUUGUUCUGAUCACCAUUAGCACCAUUAGAAUCAUCACAAUAAAUUGUGGAGAGAUAUGUAUAAAUUUUUUUUUUUUUGCUUUUUGAAGCAGCAAUAAUCACCCUGGGUUCCUUUUUCCUUGCUUGGGAGAAAAUCAUGCAGAAUGCUUUGCAACACCUUUUAUAGCCUUAUAGAUGUGCCUUCCAGUUCAAUCAAAUUAGAUUAUUAAACUUUGCCCUGAUAUAUGCUCAACUAAAUGUAGAUAUAUUAUAGUACCUUUCAAAUUGGGUAUUUAAAAUGAUUUCAUUUCAGUGAUUAUUUUUUUAAUGCUAGUGGACUGGAAUUGGCAUUGGCUUCCACUCCUUAGCAUAAAAAAAGGUUCUUGUUUCUUUUCCUGGUAAGGUUUAUUUUUCCCCAGUUGCCUUUUAUCUUUUGUUUCUAUCUUUUUUCAUAUUUCAGGUCUUCCUUUAAACUGUGAACGGGUUUUAGUGUUCCUAGUGUAGUAACCUCCACUAAUCCUGGAUGUGAAUUCAAAUGUACGGUUGAAGGGCACUCUAAACAGAACACUGUAGAACUUGAUCCUUCAAGGGCAGACGAACAUCCUAUGGCUUUAAGAUGACAGGUUCUUGUCUGAAAGGAAGUUGUCCCAAACAGCGGGACAUCAAAGCUGCUAUAAAGUGAUGGACACACAAAGAACAAUCAACCAAAUAUGUGAUGUAACCUCUUGAACAUGCAUUUACCUAAUUUCACAAAUCUGCAGGUUCUGCUAUAGAGGAUGACUUUGCCUUAAAAGCAGAAGUAAUGAUUGUUAACUUCUAUCUUAUAAGCCAUACUGGCUGGUUGAUUGAUUAGCAGGUAAAUGCAGAUGUAGACAGAUCAAUAGAUGCAUGAAAACAGAAUGUGUAAUGUCAGUUGUCUUUUUUUCCCCUUAAUCUGUGUUAGUUUUGUUUUAAAUUUCUCCCAUAGAGUGGGCCAUGUUUUUCAUACAGUCCAGAGUUGUAGCUACAGAGUAAGGCUUUUCAGUGAACCACAUCAAACCUUGUCAUAACCUGGACAUAAACUAACUCUCCCGUUCAUGUUAGUGUAAAGUAAUGGACUGUUGCAGCAUCCUAUUGUUAUAUUAGCAUAAAUUUAGGGGCUUCCUGGUCUUGUACAGUGUAGUUGUCGAGACCUGUCUGAAGCCAUUCUACAGUUUCCAGAAUGUAUUGAAAAGUUGACUGAGGUAAUGAGAAUGUUGUCCACAUGUCUGUGGUGGUGUUGCAUGAGAUGCAGAAGUACCUCUAUGCAGGUGAACUGAGAUAAGUGCUACGUGUUUCCCAGUCAUUUCUAAUGACACUGAUAGUAAUAAAAAAGUGACUCAUCCAAACUCAGGAUUGGAUUUCCCCCCACCUGCAGUGCAUUUACAAUUUAUUGUUCAUUGUCGGUUACCAUUUACUUCAUUCUUUGUCAACGGGACCAGACAAGACCGAGAUGGAAGAUACCGAUGCGAAUCCUGUGACCACAGUUCUAGACAGUGGGGCAUUUUAAAAUAAAAGAAAUUGCCUUACAGUGCAAUUCUACAACAAUCUAUUGGUUAGUUACACAAAUAUCUUUGCCUCCUUCCUGUACUUACUGUAGUCUUCAUGAAAUGUGAUGUGUUGCUUUAAAUGUCAUUUGAAUGUAAACACUAAUGCUGAAAAACAAGCAGUUGUUUUCUGUCCACAUAUUUUAGCAAAGUAUUUUUUCCAGCUUUUCUCUACAGAGCCACAAGACAUGCUUAAUGGUGUGAUGUGCUUUGUUGGGCACUUUGUACUAUAAAUACCUACACGACUGCAUCUCGACAAUGUGUGUUCAUCACCCAUCGCCAUGUGAGAAAUAUGCCAUGCACAAUUGAAUGAAUAUACUCAUUUAUAACUCUUUCUCUAUAUAUAUACUCUAGUGUGUAAACAGAAUUUGUAUUUAGUACGUGUGACACGUGUACAAUGUACCAAUCACCUACUGUGUUUGUACAUAAGUGUGCUAAAUGUAUAGCUACAUGUAGCUGUGGCAGUAGAGGUUACUGUACCAUGGGAUAACGGGGCACUUCAUACGUGCCUUUCACAGCUGUUGUGUGCUAGACCUUCCGAGAUCAACUGUGUGUGUGUGUGUGUGUGUGUGUGUGUGUGUGUGUGUGUGUGUGUGUGUGUGUGUUUUUCCCAAGUUGCUGCAUUUCUAUCAACCUACUGGUCCAUGUGUAGCCAAAGCCCAGUUCCUCUCACUCCAUCAGAGCUGGGAGCAAUGACAAAUGAUGAAAAACAGAAGUCAGCAUUGUAGCUCCCAAGUCUAGUUCACACUGUAUUUCUUUACUAACUUGUAAAUACACUCUAGCCUAACCAGAUAAAUUAAGGGAGUGGAGUAAUAAUGGCAAAAUUAAUAUGGAGAAAUGAAUAUUUAUUUUAGAUUAGAUUUCUCCUUUUUUGUUUUAAAUUAAUUGCAUGUUGAUUUUGUUUCUUUUUGAUUACUUUUAAAACUUUGUUCUUCCUUUUUUGUGUCUAUAUUUCUAUCUUUUAUAUGACUUUUAAAGAAGAGCUUUGGCAAGUGGUUGAGUUUUUGCUCAAGCUGAAAGGGUGGAUCUAAUGGAUCUUAGUUGAAAGAGUAAUGUUUUGAUAUAUUGUACUGUUAAUUGUCACAAAUGAUUUUUCUAACAUUUUAACAUUUAAGGUUACCAAUACUUUGUACAUCUUUAUUGCAAUAAAUAAAAAAAAAAAUCAAAUGUAAA